AAAAAAGGCCUCUUCUCUUUCUUAGCCCAUUACCAUUCUUGGGAGACACUCUGUUUUUUUUCACCUCUGUUUUUCUCUCAAGUUAAAAAAAGGACAACAAGAUGACGAACCAGAAUGUGGUGGUGGCCGACGGCAUCAACGUGGCCAUAGCGGUGGCAGUCGGCGGCUCCUCCCUCUUCACGACGGCGGCCCAGAAGCCCCCGCCGGCGCCGGGCACGAAUUACAUCACCAUCUCGAAGAAGAAGCUCCUCCAGAACCUGGACAUCGGCGGCGGAGGAGCCGCCCGGAUCAACGCGUGGGUGGACGCCAUGAGAGCCUCCUCGCCGACGCACAUGAAAUCGGCGGCGGCGGCCGUCUCCGACGAGAACCAGAGCUCUUGGGAUAUGCAACAUCCAUCGGCACUAGACAUGUUUGAUGAAAUAGCAAAAGCUUCAAAGGGGAAGCAAAUAGUAAUGUUCCUCGAUUAUGAUGGCACCCUUUCUCCUAUAGUGGAUGACCCUGAUCGCGCAUUUAUGUCUCAGGCUAUGAGAGCAACUGUGAGGAAACUUGCUAGAUAUUUUCCCACUGCCAUAGUUAGCGGGAGAUGUAGAGAUAAGGUGUACAAUUUUGUGCGUUUGGCAGAGCUUUAUUAUGCUGGGAGCCAUGGUAUGGAUAUAAAAGGCCCAUCAAAAGGUUUCAAGCACAACAAAGGUGCUCAAGCUGUUCUUUUCCAACCUGCUAGAGAUUUCCUUCCUAUAAUCGACGAGGUUUACAAAUCACUGUUGGAGGUGACAAAGGACACCCCAGGUGCUAGGGUGGAAAAUAACAAAUUUUGUCUGUCUGUGCACUUCCGUUGUGUUGAUGAGAAGAGAUGGAUCGAACUAGCUAAAAAAGUUGAAUCAGUAAUUCAAGGCUACCCGGACCUCCGAUUGACACAAGGAAGAAAGGUGUUUGAAAUACGCCCCACCAUUAAGUGGGACAAAGGCAAGGCUCUCGAGUUUCUGUUGGAAUCACUUGGCUAUGCCAACUGCACCGAUGUUUUUCCGGUCUACAUCGGAGAUGAUCGAACGGACGAAGAUGCAUUCAAGGUGCUUAGAGAGAGGGGUCAAGGUUUUGGAAUUCUUGUUUCGAAGACUCCGAAAGACACUAACGCGUCAUAUUCAUUGCAAGAACCAUCGGAGGUAGGUCAUGGAAUUUUUGCGUCGCCUAGUCGAUUGGAAAAAAUUGUGCCUGAGAAGGCAGUUCAGAUUGGGAAGACGACUUGAAGAGAUCAAAGUGUCUUUAUCAAAUUGAGGAGCUAUUAUUAAUAUUAAUAUUUAUAGGAUGAAGAAACACAUAUAUAUAUAUAUAUAUUAUUAUAUGAGUGUGUUUCAUGUUAGAAGUUAAUAGAAGAUGUCAUGUAACUUUUCUUUCCUCUAUCUUUUACCUUAUAAUGUUGUGGGUGGGAAAUUAGGAAAGUUAACAGGGGUUAGAUGGUAAAAGAAGAAAAGUGUUUUUUCCUGUUCUCUUUCUAAUUGGUACGCAGCCCUUGUACAUUAUGUUAUUUGUAAAUUGAGUAUGUCCGAGGGCGUAUGUAAUGCUGAACGUUAUUUUCUAAGUGAGAAGAAGCAUCUCUAUUUACUUCUCGUUGUAUAAAGAAGUGUCCCAUUUCAGUCAAGUUGGCUCCAUAACGGAGCCAACGAUUGGUUCCAUAGCAGGACUGUUCAUUUUAUAGCUAGAGUUGAGGAAAAUAUACAAUCACUACAUUAAUGAAGAGCUGAUGGGUAGGGCCCACAAGAUUUGAAAGAAGAAUAUUAGUAACAUUGUUGUUUAAUGGGAUUUAGGAAUAUAAACUAAAGUUGACCGGAUACAGAAUUUUCUUUGGUCUGGUUUGGGUUCUCCCACGUGCUCCCACCGUUUGUUUUUGUGGUUAG